AUGGGAGAACACGCACCAUCUAUGCAUUCAGAUGAUGAUGAUGCCACCCAGUCGAACCCUCCUGCUGCCUUUCAGACAGUCCCUACAGGGUCUUCUACGUCUUCAACUGCUUCCAGACGAAGACUGUCAUCACGAGGUGCCAGACCCAUGGUUCCUAGGACGUCUCCUAUUGUACGUACAUCCCCUCCACAGGUGUCAUCCUCCCGAGGGUCAUAUAGGACCACACCUAAUGUACCUGCUUCCCCACCACGAAGGUCCACUUCACGCGCCUCCCAUUCUCGUGAGCAUCCGGUACAUGAGCCUGUAAGACACUCGGUCCAUGGGACAUCAUACAGUGGUGUUUCAUACGACCGUCUUCAACAAAUAUUAAUGGAACAUGAAAGAGGCAUCAACUCUCAGAUGCAACAACAAUUGGACCAACACGGUGCAAUGAUGCGCGCGGAGUGGGAGCGACAAUCGGCAUCGUUUCGUGAGGAUAUGCAGUCGUAUUGGCAACAACAAGCAUCGACGUUUCGGGGGGAGAUGCAGGACCAAUGGCAACAACAACAGUCGACAUUUCGGGGGGAGUUGCAGGACCAAUGGCAACAACAACAAUCGACGUUUCGGGGGGAAUUGCAGGACUUAUGGCAACAACAAGCAUCGAUGUUUCGAGGGGAGUUACAGGACCAAUGGCAACAACAACAAUCGAUGUUUCGAGGGGAGAUGCAGGACCAAUGGCAACAACAAUCGACGAUGCUUCAAGGGGAGAUGCAGGAAAAAAUGCAAUCAUUAAAUAAUCGAAUUACAGGACUUGAGGGUUCUUAUGUUCAAGCAUCUGAAUCAGUACAGUUAGACGAAUCAUCCGACGAGGAAGUCCAACAACAAAUUCAGGACCGACCAACAACUGCUCAGAAGCCGACAACAACUAAAAAAGUGUCAGCUUUCGGUCGUGUACUGCGAAAAGGGAAACAGUUGGUCAGUCCAUUCACAAAUCCAGUAAAGGAAAAAAAGAACAAACAACCAGUAAUUAAGGGUAUUGAUUUUGACCCCAAGUUGGCUGGGUGCUAUUCAGAGUUCACAAUAUGGUAUGAUCAAACGUCUGAUAAUGACAGUCGACGCGUCUUCCUCGGGGGACCAGCCGGAACGACCGCUCGUAUGCCCAAACCAUGGUGGACCCAAAUUCAUAUUGAAGCUUUUAUGGGUAUACUUCGUAAAUCUUUUUCGGACGGUAACUGGACUACUGUUUCCACCCAAUUUGUUGCACUUCUCCCUCAGUGUUACAGUGAGUUUAAACAAUUGGGUGCAAAUAUGGAGUGGCCUACGUUUUUUCUAAAUCAAAUCAAUGGAAUCUCGCUUCGAACAAAAGAAUUCUUUCGCCCAUGGAGUAGUGUUGACAAGGUGGUGUACAACUGUAUUCUUUCCGAUCAACUUCGACAAUCAACAUUGGGUGUGUGGCGUAUUGGAUAUAAAUGA